AUGUCACACUAUUUCCACUCUCUGGCGAAGAUACCCAUGGCGGCCACCAAGAAAGCAGCAGAGUCGACUCUUUAUCACCUCAGCCCCAAGGGCUUCUGGAAGAAAUUCCGCGAGGUCGCUGCUGUGAAUCCCGAAAUCUCCAGCGGUCUUCCACUUCCUUCUCUCAACCGAUACCCGCCUCCUGGCUCGAGGCCGGAGAAAUACUCAACCCCAGCAACAAAGGCCUCUGAUAUUGCCCAGAACCCGUAUUGGAAACGCGAUGUUCGACGCGCAUAUCCUCAGCUGUCAGUAGUUACACAGUCAGAGCUUUCGGCCCUUUUGAUUGAGCAUUCAACGGCACCAGCCGUCGCUGCUCCGUCGGAAGGCGAGAAAUCGGAUGUCCCUGCUGCAAAGAAAGAACUUGCCCUGCCAGACGCCAUUGCUGCUAUUACCUCCACUGCGAAAGUCUACUCGGAAUGCAGACUUCCUCCUACCCUUUCUGUCCCCCACAAGCGUUGGGUGCCGCAGUUAUCCCCCGCAGCUCCCCAUGACGAGCACUCUUACUUCCCCAUACCCUUGACUUCGUACCUAAACGUCCCCAGACUGACCUCAAACAACCAUAAACACGAAUCCAUGUCCGGACCACCACCACCUGCAGUACUAGACCCGUAUCCCCAAGUCCAACCAGCUUUUUUCGCCGACGAUCCACGGAUCUACUUUUCGAAAGGCUCGAACACCUGGCGGUUUGAACAAGACGAUGGGACAGAGCUAGAAUUUGACGUUGCGAAGAGCGCAUGGACACCUUUGGUCGACGAGGACCUUGUAUCUCGGCAACAGGCCGCGUACUCAGUGGCGGGUGUUGACGAAUCAACCCCGGCUGCUCCGGUGCUCAAACGUGAAAGCAAGAAGCGCAAAGCGGAGGAUUACACCUCCGCCACUGCCCCGGAUGAAGGUGUCACCAUCAAGCGUGGCAAGGCUGACAAGAAAGAGAAAGCGCCGACUGAACGCAAGUCCAAGAACACCGCCGUAUAUGUCACCAACCUCCCUCUUGACACAGAGCAGGAUGAGCUCGUUGAGCGCUUCUCAAAGUGCGGGGUCAUCGAAGAGGAUCUAGACGGCGAGCCCAAGGUCAAGAUGUACGCUCGGGAGGAUGGAUCAUUCAGUGGAGAAGCACUUGUCGUCUUCUUUAAGGAGGACUCCGUGAUAUUGGCCGUGAACCUGCUUGACGAGGCUGAGCUGAGGCUUGGGCAGCCAUCUACCGUUAUGCGAGUAGCCAAGGCAGACUUCGCCCACAAGAAUCAUGCGAAACUGGAAGAGUGGGGCGAGGACGACGGAUUUGGUCCACAACCCGAUCCAGCGGAAAGUGCUGCAGAUAGAGCUAAGCAAGGAAGGGUUGUCGUUCUUAAACAUAUGUUCACUCUUCAAGACCUCGAGAAAGACGCGUCGCUGCUACUUGAUCUGAAAGAGGAUGUACGAGAAGAAUGCUCAACACUAGGAGAAGUCACAAACGUGGUUCUAUACGAUAAAGAGAAGGAUGGGAUCAUGACAGUCAAAUUCCGCGACCCUUUGAGUGCGCAAGCUUGUGUCCUGAAAAUGAACGGUCGUUUCUUUGAUAAACGUCGGAUCGAGGCAGAAAUAUUCACCGGAAAGCAAAGAUUCAAACGAAGUGGUGCGGGUGACGAUCUUGGAGGAGAAGGGGAAGAGGCUGAAAGAAAACGGUUGGACGACUUCGCACAGUGGUUAAUGACAGAAGGAGACUAA